AUGUCUCAUGUAAAGAUGAAGUUUCUUUUAUUUCGAUGUAAUUUUUAUUCUUGAGUUAAUAGAAUCUUUAUUUGUCUAAAAAUAAAAUAAACAAACAAACAAAUAAAUAAAUAAAUAGGGGAAACAAAGUGGUUGGGCAUUUGAAAAAUUGCCAAGAUAGCUAGCACAAGCAGGAUGAGCCAGAAGAGCGCCUUCCAUUGGGUUUUUGUGUUUUUAUACAUUUUGAGUCAAAAAUUGCGUACACUCCAGACUUCAUAUUUGUGGACCUUGAAUUAAUUGGCAAUGAUUGUGACUGAGCUGGCAAAUUGUGGUUCUAAGAUGACUGACAACUAGGGAAGACGACCAUAAAAUUAUUUUCGAAGUCUUCGUUGGAAGGUAGAGAAUACAAGAAAGAAAUCCAACAACAGCAGUAUUAUUAUAUUAGAAAGCAUUUGAGUUAACACUUUGGAGUCCUAAAUGUCAUUGCCAUAGUCACAAUUUCAGGGAUGGCUAGCAUGAGGAGGCCAGACUGCUGUUUGUUCAUUAUUCUUACUUGCUUGGUCGUCUCUUUGAUCUUUUCCGUUCACGCUUCGCUUCUUGGAGAUACGCUUACAGUUGGCCAGGUUAUGAAAGACUGGGAUUUCUUGGAGUCUUCAAACAAGUUCUUUCAGUUGCUGUUCUUUAGCCCAGAGUCAUCCAAUAACUUGCGUUACUUGGGAAUUCAAUUUAUGAAUUUCAGUGACGGGACCAACGUUGGGGGUCAGGAUAAGAUGGUUUGGGUUGCCAACCGUGGCAAACCGUUAAGAGGAACUUUAAACAUCAGUCAUGAUGGGAACCUGAUGCUUACAGACUAUAAUGGCACCUUCAUCACCAUAAAUGCUGAAGCACAAGCUGUUCCGAGCAAUGACACAAGUGCAACUCUACUUGAUACGGGUAAUUUAGUUUUGACAGCAGGAAAACACAUCGUGUGGCAAAGUUUUGAUUACCCAUCUGAUACGUGGCUACCAGGCAUGAAAUUGGGGUCGUUUAAAUCGAGUAGAGGCCAGCCACAACACCGUUUUCUCACUUCACAAGUCAGUCCACAAGUUCCAACUCUGGGGGCAUUUACUUUAGGCGUUGAUCCAAACAACACAAAGCAGCUUGUGGUCUGGCAAAGGGGAGUUCUUUACUGGCGCAGUGGGAUGUGGAAUGGUUAUAACUUUAGCUACUUUCCAAAUGAUUAUGAUGAAUUCAAUUUCAGCUAUUUCUCGAAUGAGAGCCAGAGCUAUUUCACUUUUACCAGGGCUGAUAACGAUUUUCCAUCUUGGAUUGAUAUAGACUCAUCUGGGAACAUUCGCAUAUUUAAAACAGUAGACAAUAAUGGUGAUUGGUGGUUAGGUGUAACAUAUUACUGUGAUGAUAGCCAAUUACUAGAAUACAAUUUGGGGUGUGUAUCCCCUAAUCCAUCCAACUGUACUGCUGGAGAUGUGUUCGUCAAGAAAAGCGGAUUAAUAAAUUCAUGGGUUACAACUAACAAUGUCAGCCAGGGUAUCAGUGAUUGCAAGGAGAUAUGUAGACAAGAUUGUUCUUGUACUGCUUAUGCUUCUGCACUAUCUGAUGGGUCUGGGUGCCAAUUUUUUUAUGGUGAAUACUCUGACUCUCCGGAUUAUAUUUUUUACAUACGAAACGUCUCCAUGGCAAAUAUAGCUAGUCCACUUGUUGCACCUUCGUAUCCUGUGACAUAUAUGGCCCCUCACAAUCCAAACAAUUUGUUCCCGAACGAUCACAAUAAUACUGCCCUAGUUAAUUCGAGAAAAAAGCGAUUGUGGUUCACUAUUAGUGCUGCAAUUUCUCUGGUGAUUUUUAUUCUAGUCUCCUCAUUGUCCUAUUUCUGGUGGAGAAAUGGCCAUUCUAGACGAAAUAAUAGAAGUGAAGACAGGACGAGCUUGGGAACACAGUCAUUCAUGUCUGAAAUGAAAACUGAAGCAACAAUUAUGGAAAAAAUCAACAAUGGGAAAAAGGAUCAUGAGUUACCAUUGUUCUCUCUUUCUAGCAUAGAAAUUGCUACAGAUUAUUUUUCUGAUGCAAAUAAGAUUGGGCAAGGUGGUUUUGGGCCUGUUUAUAAGGGUAAAUUAUUUAAUGGGCAAGAGAUUGCUGUGAAAAGACUUUCUAGAAGCUCUGGACAAGGAUUGGAGGAGUUCAAGAAUGAGGUUACAUUGAUCUCGAGACUUCAACAUCGUAAUCUUGUUAGAAUUUUGGGUUGUUGCGCUCAAGGAGAUGAGAGGAUAUUAGUAUACGAAUACUUACCAAACAAAAGUUUAGACACAUUUCUUUUUGAUGAAAUAGGACGAGCUUUGCUAGACUGGAAAAUUCGUGUCAGUAUCAUUGAGGGAAUUGCUCAGGGACUUCAAUACCUUCACAAAUACUCUAGAGUAAGAAUCAUUCACAGAGAUUUGAAAACUAGCAACAUUUUACUGGACAAUAAUAUGAACCCAAAAAUAUCAGACUUUGGCACUGCAAGAAUUUUUGGAGACAAUGAAUCUCGAGCAAACACAAACAGAAUUGUUGGAACAUAUGGUUACAUGUCCCCCGAGUAUGCUUUGGACGGUCUCUUUUCUGUAAAGUCAGAUGUUUUUAGCUUUGGGAUAAUGAUGUUAGAGAUUAUUAGCGGAAAGAAGAACACAGGUUUCUAUCAACCAGAUCGUGCUCAGAACUUGCUAGGAUAUGCAUGGGAUCUAUGGAAAGAAGGAAGGGGCUUGGAGAUAAUAGAUCACUUAUUUGUUGAAACAUGUUCAACAAGUGAGGUUAUGCACUACAUUCAAGUUAGUUUCUUGUGCGUUCAAGAAAAUGCAGCAGAUAGACCAACUAUUUCAGAUGUUGUGUCUAUGCUUAGCAAUGAACUAAUAGCAAUACCUGCUCCUAAGCAACCUGCUUUUUCUACAAUUGUGAGUGUGAAAUAUGCCAAUACACUUGAAAUUCCAAAACUUUGCUCAGUAAAUGAUGUUACAAUUUCAGAAGUGGAGGGUCGAUGACAUUUAUGCAUGUAGAAUGACACAAAAUUGCCUAUUAAACAAAUUUAUUGUAAACCUUAACAAACAAUGUUUUCAUUAUGUUUUAUUGACCAACUGCUAAUUGAUACUA